GAUGACUCCAAGCUUCUUAAUAAACUCUCAUAUCGAGGGACCUUGUCAAUCAACCGUGCUGAGGCUUGCUUACCCCUGCCCCCUUGUCCUGCGCUAUCUCCAAAAAUGUGACUUCAUCCGUACGUGUGCAUUAUUACAUUUUGACCGUACAUCGAUUCAUAUCCCCAAAUGCCCAAUCUCACACAUGGCGUUGAACUUCCUUACUUGCUUCGACGUCCACAGCUCGUUCCGCCUCCAUAUGUCCUCUGCCGUUUCUCGGUAUCCGCCCGCAUUUUGGCGAUCAGACCGGCCCCGUUGAGAUCGGAAUCGGAAUCCUCGGAUUCACUCUCAGCGUCUGUAUCCCCCGGAAUGAGAAAUGCAUCCACAUCUUUGGGCUGCGUCUUCUUCUUCUCUCGGCGCCUCGCUUUCUUUUGCGUUAGGGCGGCCUUGUUUCUGUUCCGCCGUCUGAUUUCCUGGUUCUGCAUGGCCUCCUCAACAAACGUGUCGAGUGCCUUUUUCUUUGCUGUAAAAAGCGGAAUCGGCGAGCCUGCAAGUCUUGAAAACUUCAUUGUAAGGUUGUACCAAAAGUUGCUGUAUUGCUUGCUGGUCUUGAUUCCUCUAUGUUCUAGUUCCACUGCUACGGCUUGUGAUUCGCGCUCACUUAGGGACGCCGGCGUGCUCCAGUCGAUUUCCCAGUUGUACUUUUGAUUGGACUCGUCGCUUGUAUCGUGAUUGAAGCCUUGCCUAGCGGCGAUUUUCUUCUUGAACAAAGCAACUGUGGGCUUGAUAGCGUGUUCUGAGACGCCAUCUCGGAUUAUCGGGGGCUUGAUUUCUUUCUCAGAAGGCUUGAUCCAGUGCUUGUCGGUCCCUGGCUCCAACUGUUGCUCCUGAAGCUUCUUCUCGAGUUCAUCUUCAGACUCUUCUAUGUCUGUCGUGUCGUUGACGCGGGGAUGUCGCUUUGCGACAACCUUCGUGGGUGUUUCUUGUCGUGAGGCUGCAUUGCUGGCAGCAGUAUCGUCAGGGAUAGAUGGCAAAGGCGUGAAUUCUUUUUCUUAGAUUGAUGUCAGUAUAUACACCUUGACACAAGAGAUGUGACCUACUUUGUUGAAGCCAUCGAGCUCCCUUUGGAAGUGGCGGCGUCCAGUUCUUGGGCAGAAGCCUCGGCAAUGUCAUCGCCUUGGGCAUAACAACCCGGUGAGGAGGUGUUGAGUAAAGCUUCUUUUUGAAAGAGCUUACCUUGGCGGCAGUCCCAUUCUAUGAGACUCUGCGUUCAGAAGGCCGGACAGCCUUGGCUUGCUCUUUGCUCUGCUUUAUUCGUUCUGUAGGUGAUGAAACGUCGUGCUCGUCUCCAGAAAGGGGAGAAAUAUCAGGGAAUGGAGAGUACACAGUCUCGUUAUCACUCGCACGACCUCGUCCACCCGAGCCCUUAAGGAUACUCUUCAAGCCGAUAAGCGACUCCCGAUGGUGAGGUCGGAACGGCGAUGGUGUACCUGGAGUGUGGCUCUGCAUAAGCUUCUCACCACUGUAAACUGGCUGCAGCUCAUAGAUUGAUGGCGAAAGACCAUUCUCAGUUUUGAUCGGAGUGGAGAAAUUAUUCUUCGAAUUGCCGAACGCAUUGGUCAAAUCCUUAUCGGCCGAAUCAAAUAUGGCCUCUUCUUCAAGUGUUGCAGAGACAGUUUUCGGAGAGACGUCUUCCUGUGGUAGCUGAUAUGACAUAGGUGGCGAUGAUCUAACAUCCUCAUUACCUUCCGCCUCGUUGGUAUUGGCGUCAUGGGAAACCUCAUCGUCACUUAGGUCAGGAAGUCCUUGGUAUUCCUCCUCACUGUCUUCGUCGGAAUGUGACUCGUAUUGCUUCAAAGCAGAAAUGUUCACGGGGUUUGAGUAACUCUCCUGCUUGAUGUUCUUGAUGCUUUCUUCGGCGGGGUCUUCUUCAUCGUCUGAGGAUUGGGCAUAUACUGAGCUGCUCUCUUGCUUGAUAGGGUAUAUGUCUCCAUCCUGAGACUCUUCGUCAUUGCUACCUUCGUCAUCGUCGGAGUUGUAUCGCCCAAUACUCUCUUUCUUGAUGAAUUUCAUGUCACUAUCGUGAGCUUCCAACUUGAUUUUCUUCGCCGCGGAAUCAUCGUGCUGAUAUUCAGGCGCGGUGGAGAAGGGCACAUCAUGGCUGGGAGACGGGCAAUUGCUGCUGGAGGUUGAAGGAGCUUUCUUCGUCUCAGGGCACUUAGUCCAAUUCCACAAAGGAGCCAUGAUAUCAUCCGGGGACGCCGCCCUCUGUUCAUGGACGGGAAGAUUGUUCUCAGGAGCGACAAUGGGGUUGUAGGUGUUGCUACUAGUAAUACGCUCAAUAGUAGUGGCUUGGGGAUUCUGGACGUUGAGAGCGGGCUCGACUGGUGUUUGCAGAGCUGGCUUGGCCGGACUGGUAGUCUCUUCAUCUGAGAAAUCAGAACUAUCGGAGGACUCCUGGGUAAGAUCGAUGUGCAAAGUUGUGCUUGGUGUGGUGUCGCGUGCAACAGCUGAAGUGGCAGGCGUCGGCUGCUUUGUCACAGAGCGAGACUUGGUCUUGCACUGAGCUGCAACCUUUCGUUGCUCAUGAGAGUUCUCGUCCUUGGUAUCUUUGUCGGCUGUAGCACGAUGUUUGGCAGCCUUUCGCCUUGGGGACACCAGAACCUUGACAACCUCACAGUCUGAGUCGGGUUGAUCUUCGUCGUCUGCAUCGAUGGACACAGGGGUAUCGAUUGAGUCGCCAACUCGUCGUCGCUUGACGUUGGCUUUCUGUUGUUCGAGUUGAUGGCGCUUUCUUGGAGAGAGCUGAACCUUCUCAUUGUCGCAACCCGACUCAUUAUCAUUUUGGAUCGCAUCCUCAUUCUGGCUGGAAUUAGGAGGCCUAUGAGCUGGAGGGACAGAAGUGCUUCGGCUUGGGCCUGCAACAUUUGAGGUGAGGUUAGGCAAAGGUGCGUGAGAGGGUACAGAGGCUGCUUGUCGCCGGCCAGCAGCUGGUUUCUUGUUCUGUCCUGACGAUGUUGCGCUUUUUGCGAGAACAGAUGCUUUGAUAGAGGCAUACCCUCGCUUGACUAACUCCUGUUGAUCAGUCCUGCGCUUCUUGGAAGGACGAGCUCGUGGGCUGGGGGCGACAAGCUUGCGCUUUGGCGACGGCUGAACUUUUUCGAUUACACAGUCUGAAUCAGAGCUCUCUCCAGAUGAAAUAUCAAAUGGUGUAUGCGGUGAGUCUCCUUGCACUAGUUGAGUUGCUCGUUUUGGAAUUUGUUGGCCUUGACUACUCGUGGCGACUCGUUUUUUAGGGGGAGUUUCGGGGACACGUUCAUUGCGUCCCUCCAAGCGACGCUUCUUCGUAAUUUGGGGGGAUGACAUAUUUUUGGAGAUUGGGGUAGAGGGAAUAGAUGGAUGUAAAGAUGCUGCACGGGGCACUAAGGUUGAUGCCUGUGAUCUCUGCCUCUUGGGCUUUUGGCUUGACUUAGGCAUGGUCUGUUGUGACUCUGCGCGACUUUUGUUGGGUGAACUCGACUGGAUGCCACCUUUCGCGGCCUUGGUUGGCGACGGUUUGUGACGCUUUUCGGUGCGCAAUUUGGAUUGCUGAGAGGACGGUGAAGAUGAAAAGAAGUCGACAAUCUUGGAUUGCUCCAUUGGUUUGGCGAUGUCACUCAUAGAGCGAAGAACUCUGCGACGAGAAACACCCUGCUGGAGCAAUAAAUGAUGGCGAAUGGAAGACUUGAUUUUCUGAGAUUGACGAGAUAUGACAGGCUUUCAGAAGAAAAUAAUAAAGCAGCAGAUAGCUAUAUGACCUUUGGGAUGCUGAUGAUGCUGAAGUAGAAGUAUUUCGCAAGAGCGUGAUGAUGCUGGCGCAGUAAAUGAAUGCGAAAACGUGAGCACAAAGAGGCGGGAGAAGAGUUAACAGGAGAAUGCAAAGAAAAUUGCCAUUCAAUAAACACAACAAUGGAGGCGAGCGACAAAUAAUGCGCGCCAGUGUUUGCCAGUGUCAACGUCAAGUGACAACGGCAAGGCAGCGUCAAAGAGGAGUCCCGGGCUGCUGGCACUGGCACGACACUGCUCAUUCAAAAGCACGUAUUUAUGGGAAACUCAUUGUUCGUCAUAAGGCAAGGCUCAUUCACGAUGGUCCUUUUUUCCAUUUUUCCAGCAUCUAUGGUAUCAUUACAGAUCAUCAUGGUCUAUGCAUAUUGACUCGUCCUCAACGGCUACCUAAACCAGCCUUACAUACGCUCUCGUCGACGAGGAGCUGCCCGGAUGAUAUCGUCCACUCGAAGAAGAAGCUGGUUGAUAAUGUUAGAAUUCUGUUUUCAAAAGUCUUUGGUAAGUACUUACCUCUGCGGCUUCGCUGGCCGAAGACACCACAGCCUUCUUCAACUUGUAACUCUCGAUAACACCGAGAUCUCGCAUAUCAGUAAUACCACCACCAGGGGUCAUCAGGUCCAGGCCGUAAGUGGUAAGACCAUCGUAGAGAGCCUUGCGUAAUCUGGCAACAAGGUCACCAGAGUCGAGACCAGCGUUGUCGGCAAGGAUAGUGGGAAGUUGUCGAAGAGCGACGGCAAAGCUAGAGACAGCCAGUUGUCGCUUACCCUCAACUCGGGUAGCAGCGCCUUCAACCGCCUUGGCCAUGAGCAUCUCGGCACAACCACCGCCAAGGGUGGUUCGGGGUUCCUUGACAGUCUGUGACAGAACAGCAAGGGCAUCAUGCAGACUUCGCUCGGCCUCAUCAAGGAGCUGUUCUGUGGCACCUCGAAGGACAAUUGUGCAAGCUUCACCACCAGCAACACCGGAGAACUUGAUGAGAGUAUCUUCUCCAAUAAUAACCUCCUCGAUAACGUCGCAGUGGCCAAGCUUGACUUGAUCGGGAUGGUCAAAGGUCGAGGCAAUCUCACCGCCUGUGACCAGGGCAAGACGCUCAAUACCGUCGAAGUCAGCAUGCUCAAUUGACAUGAUGCCGGCAUCAGUAAACAGCUGCUCGGGCCAGUUGUAAAUGAGCUGUCGGUUGAUGAAGCAGUUGAUGCCGUGUGCCUUGAUCUUCUCAACCUUGGCCUUCAUCUUCUCCUUCUCGGCCUUUUCAAGUUCAGCAAGCUUGCUUGUUGAACCAACCUUAACACGGGCACCAAAGAUCUUGACCUUGUCGGUGUCCAUGGAGGUGUUGGCCACCAGAAUCUUGGCCUUCUCUAGUCGCUUGGGCUGGUUGACACCGAUCUUCUUAUCGAGAAUGAAACCUUCGUCAAGGUAUGAGUCACUGAGUUUGCCUCCGGCCUUCUUGAUGAUCUGGAUGUGGUUGAGGUCGGACGACUUGAGUCGGAGGACGGCAUCAACGGCCAAUUCGGCGAACUGUUUGCGGUCCUGGGCCAGGACCUUGGAGCUGAGUGUUGUUCGGGCAAUGGCGAGCAGAUCUUGUCGGAAGGCUUCGGGGUUCUUGCUGUGAUCAACGGCUGAUCCUUCCAAGGCCUUCAGCGCAGCCUGGCUGGCUAUCCGGUAGCCCUCAAUAAUAGUCUGGGGGUGGAUCUUCUUGUCGACCAGCUUCUCCGCCUCUCUCAAUAGCUCGGCAGCGAGAACAGCAACGGAGGUGGUACCGUCACCGACUUCGUCGUCUUGGACCUUCGAAAUAUUGACCAGAACCUUUGCGGCGGCGUUAUCGAGGGCGAUCGACUUGAGGAUUGUGGCACCGUCGUUGGUAACCAUGAUUUCGGCGGUGGAGCUAGCAUCAUGUUAAAAGGGGGGUUGUCGAGACCGCAAGAUGGGCGCAACGUACGCUGACUGGAGAAUCUUGUCCAUACCCUUAGGACCAAGGGUGCUCUUUACGAGGUCACCGACGGCGAUGGCACCGACAAAGGCGGCGAGACGAGCAUUCUCACCCUUUUCCUCAGUAGUGCCCUCCUCAAAAAUUUGGGUUGGUUGGAAAGACUAGGAGGGGCAUGUUAGCAUACGGCAUACUCGAUAUGAGAAGACGAAGUGUUUCAACAAACAUUCCUCACCAGAAGAGGAAACAUACCAUGAUGGGCUAACAAUACGACUUUGUACACGGCGAAACCUAUAAAAACGUAAAAGGUUAUCGUCGUCGUCAACGUCAAUAUGCUUCAGCCUUGGGGUAGACGUUGCAGCCUUUUUUUCUGGAGCUCCCAUCCAGCUUAGCAAACCGCAGCCCCUCCACUCCAGGGGCCAGCAAAGCCCACACGUGAUUUGCCCCGCGGUGGGAGCCGCAAGCUUCGGGCCAGUAUUAUCAUUUCUCCGCAUCACGCACACUUUCGUUGGAAAGUGAAGCAGAACACCAAAUUUGUGCUGCACUAGGUUGGCACCGCAACAUCAAGACUCCGCACGUUCCCGAGCGACAUUCUGCGCCGUUCUAGACAAGCCUUUGCGUGUCUUCCAGAGGUCAUAUCUCCCGCGCGCAAAAAGGCCAUUUCCGCAAACCUGUGCUCGGUAGCCGAACCCUCCCAAACCCUCGAAAAAAACCGUACAGAAACGAGUGAGAGCGGGGCAUUUUUUCUUGCACCCCUCCAACAACCAAAUAUCGCCCAUCAUGGCGCCCUCUUUCGACCACCUCCGCGAGGCCGACCUUGACGAUGACGAGUUCAACGAGGAUGAUAUUGAUAUCUCCGAUCUGCGAGAACGAUUCGAGGUUUCACUGGAACAAGGCUAUGACAGCUUCGUGGUUAUCGAUGGCCUGCCCCAAGUCACAGAGGAUCAGAAGCCCAAGCUUGUCAAGUUCUUGUUGAAGAAGCUCAACACAGUCGGCAAGACACGCGAGGACUUGAUACAUAUGCCCAUGGGUGACGACGGAAAGUCUUUUCGAUUCGCCUUUGUCGAAUACUCUUCGCCCGCUGAGGCUGCUGCCGCUACUCGCGAGCUCGACCUCACCCCCCUCGACAAGAAGCACACUCUCCGCGUCAACAAGUUCACCGAUAUCGAGCGAUAUGGACGAGAAGGUCGUAUCGACGAGACCUACCAACCCCCUCACAUCGACGAGUUCACCGAGAAGGAGCAUCUGCGAUGGUUCCUCAAGGAUCCCUCAGGCCGCGGCCGAGACCAGUUCGUUAUGUACAAGGGCGAGAGCGUCGGCGUCUACUGGAACAACGAGAAGGAUCAACCUGAGAACAUCGUUGAGCGACAGCACUGGACUGAGACAUUUGUUCAGUGGUCUCCUCUCGGCACAUACCUCACCUCUGUUCAUGCCCAGGGUGUUCAGCUUUGGGGCGGUCCUUCAUGGACACGACAGGCCCGAUUCGCUCACCCCUUCGUGAACCUGGUUGCUUUCUCUCCCGGUGAGAAGUACAUCGUCACCUGGUCUAACCGCCCUAUCUCCAUCCCCGACGAGGGCCACCCCGCCCUUUCGAUCGACGACCAUGGCAAGAACUAUGUGAUCUGGGACAUCGCUACCGCUACUCCUCUGCGAUCUUUCGCCAACCUCGAACCCCCCAAGGUGGAGGAUGGCAAGCCCCCGCCUAAGAUGCAGUGGCCCGCCUUCAAAUGGUCUGCUGACGACAAGUACGUUGCCCGUCUCAACCCCGGCCAGUCCAUCUCCGUAUACGAGCUUCCCCGCAUGAACCUUCUCGACAAGACCUCCAUCAAGAUCGAGGGUGUUGUGGACUUCGACUGGGCUCCUGCUACCCCCAAGCGCGAUGGUGUCAAGAACUACGAGCAGCUGUUCUGCUACUGGACCCCUGAAAUCGGCAGCAACCCCGCCAAGGUCGGCUUGAUGAGCAUUCCCUCAAAACAGGUCGUUCGAUCCCUGAACCUCUUCAGCGUUAGUGACGCCAAGCUUCACUGGCAAUCCGAGGCCGCCUACAUUUGCGUCAAGGUCGACCGACACUCCAAGUCGAAGAAGUCUCAAGCAACCACACUCGAGAUUUUCCGUGUCAAGGAGAAGGGUGUCCCUGUUGAGGUCGUUGACACUAUUAAGGAUACCGUUAUCAACUUUGCCUGGGAGCCCAAGGGUGACAGGUUUGCCAUCAUCUCCACAACCGAGCCCGUGGGCGUUACUGCUGUCCCCCCUAAGACUGCAGUUUCUUUCUUCUGCCCUGAGAAGGCUAAGAAGGGCCAACAAGUGGGUAACUUCAAGCACCUCCGAACGCUUGACAAGAAGAACAGCAACGCCAUCUACUGGUCACCCCGCGGUCGCUUUGUUGUUAUUGCCACCAUUGCCAACCAGCAGAGCUCCGAUCUGGACUUCUUCGACCUUGAUUUCGAGGGCGAGAAGCCCGAGUCCGACAAGGACCUUACCGCCAACCUCCAGGCUAUGAACACCGCCGACCACUACGGUGUCACAGAUGUUGAGUGGGACCCUUCAGGCCGAUUCGUUGCCUCAUGGGCUUCUGCUUGGAAGCACUCGAUGGAAAACGGCUACCACAUUUACGAUUUCAAGGGCGAGGCUCUACGAGAAGAGCCGCUUGAGAAGUUCAAGCAGUUCUCAUGGCGCCCUCGGCCCCCGACUCUGCUCACCAAGGAGGAGCAGAAGGCUGUGCGCAAGAACCUUCGAGAAUACAGCCGCGUCUUUGAGCAAGAAGAUGCUGACCGUGGUGCGUCUGCUGACUUGGCUGUGGUUGAGGCUCGCCGACAUAUGCUCGAGGAGUGGUACAACUGGCGCGAGUCCGUCGAGGCUGAGAUUCUGGAAGAGCGCGAGGCUCUUGGCCUACCAAAAGAUCCCCAUGCUCCUCUGCUAGAGGCUUACACAAAGUCUCUCGAGGGCUUAACAUCAGAGGCGGAUCGGGUGAUUGAGGAGAUUGUGGAGGAGGUUCUUGAGGAGAGUGAGGAGAUCCUCGCAUAGACGUCUUCACUGCAUUUGCAUGGGAGUGAUUUGCUUGUAUCUCGGUAGAAAAACUGGUCAGGGCGAGGGGUCACGUAAUGAAAUUCUUUGUCAUGUUCACACGCAAGAUAGGUCCAUUUCCUUGGACUUUCUAAAAGCAUUUUUCGGAGUAUUCUCUGCUCAUACAUAUCACUUGCUCGCCAUCGUUCACUGAGUGAAACGUGGUGUUUCGGCUACUUGGAAAAAGGUUUGAUCAUGUUGUCGCAUAUCUACUAUGUAGGACUAUUGCAACAUGACCGUAUCGUCAUAUGCUUAGGAGAGUAUCAUGAUUACAUUAUCAUAAGCUUAGGAGCAUAUUUGCAAGGCUUAGGAUAGUCUCAUGGAAAUACGAGUCAGGAUUGAGCAGCAAAUAUGUAAGAGCAUCCUAAAAAAAAAAAAACUCAAAGUGCCUUCUUUCCUGUCUACAGGGGCGCAGGCUCAUAGUAUUCGCGGAAGCGGUCCGACUUUUCCCACUGCACGUUCCAUACAACGUUCCAACAAGUCAACAAUAGCAUAGGGAACCUAACAGUCCAAAAUGCAAGGUAGCCUUCGGGAAGAGGUCCGACGGUCCUUUUGAGUGCCUCAGGCAUAUCUUCGUAGUGAUUCUUCUUAUUUCGUAGGGCCCGAAGCAGAUCAAGAAGGCGGGAACCGGUAUAUUUGCGUUGCUUGCCGAGGGAAUCAACGAAAUCACGCGGCAAGACCCUCAAGAAGUCACUCCUAGUCACAUCCCCUGCGUGCCUCUCAAGCUCGGCCAGGGCGGGCGAGGGUGGGUCCCUUGGCUCCUUCUCAAAGUGAUCCGAGACGUCGCAGAGGAACGCGAGCCUCUUCUUUGGGGACCAGAAGAAGGGAUGGGCCAUGAUCUCCUUGGCAUUGGGACGGUUCUUGGGGUCUGCUUCAAGCAUAGAGGCGAUAAGGUCCUUAGCCUCGUAGGCAAAGUCGCCGAGAGAGUCAAGAAGGUCCAAGUUAUACUGCCCUUUUCGAAUGUUGACUUCUCGCAUAUAGCGAUCGCCGCAAUCAAAGGGAUGUGAUCCGUUGGUCAAGACAUAGAAGAAGACCAGUCCAAGCGAGAAAAUGUCGAUCGCACGAGUAGCACGCCGAGGCAUCAUAUUGUCAUCGACCAAAACCGAACCAGAGCCGCUUUGGGUGCUGGCCUCCAUCAUGGCACCUUCUCGAGCGUCGUCGUCGAGCAGAAGCUCGGGAGCACGCCAGCCUGAUGUUCCAGCGGCACGGCCCGUAGUGGCGCCGAAGGACGAUUGCCCGCCUUCCAACUUCUUGCAAAGUCCGAAAUCAGAGACCAGCAUUCUAGGCUUGCCAUCCUUGCCCAUAUUGACCAGAAUAUUCUGUGGCUUGAGGUCACGAUGGACGAUUCGGAGCUCGUGUAAGUGGCUGAUGCCGUUGGUGAUCUGAUAAAGGAUAUUCGGCAAGUCAUGUCGGCCGGCGUUGGCAAGGUCCCGGAAAUAGUUGGGCUUUUCGACCACGUCUGCUAAUGAAGCGGCGCAGCGCUCCAGGGCAAUGUAAAGAAAUCCAUCGCGGAUCUGUUGGGAGUAAUAUCGAAUGACUGGAAAUGUUAGGGCGUUUGUUCUUCAAUAGUAUAAUAGCUUACCAUUCGGGUGAUCAUCACUCUCUCUUAACAGCCUUGUUUCUUGGGACGCGAUGUCAUAAAACUGAAUCAACAUGCGUUUGACGGCGACCGCUCUUCCGUCGAAUUUGCCAGCAAAGACUAGAGUGCCAUUGCUUCCUGUGCCCAAUUGCUCAUCUGUGUUCACCUCGAUGUUUCCCAUACGGAUCGUCGAGCCUGUCACAGACUGCAUGUCGUCAUGUACGGUCAUUACGUCCGGCUCGAGGCUAGGCCUUUCACCCAGCUUCUUUGCGUUGUUGACCGCAUCCUCGACAGUGGCCGUGGCCGGGUCAUCGCCUCGAGAUAGGGAAGCUUCUUGAGCACGACUCUUACGAUGCUUGACACCCCCACGUCUACCUCUGUGAGCCUUCUUCUUCUUCUCAGGGGCUCCACCAUCCUGACUUUCAUUUGUGGCCGUAGCCUUGGUUUGAGGUUGAGGUUGAGGAGUAUCAGGAGUAUCACCUGACCUCUUGGUGGGAGUCUUCCUCUUGGGCUUCGGAGUCGCUUCCCUAUCGCUGAGCUCUACCUCUUUGAUAGGUGUUUGGGGGGAAGUUCCGGGCUCCAAAUUGGAUGAUUCAGGGGCAGGGACCACGGAUUCUUUGACCUUCUCCUCAAGAUUGUCUCUCGGUGCUGCGGGCUUUGGUUCUUCGUUCACUGAGCCGGCCAAGUAGUCAACGUUGCCGUCAGUGUCGCUGCUAUCGACUUCAUCCGGUUGCUCCGUGUAGACAGGGGCCUCAACAAAACCCAGUAUAUUUUGCAAUUCGUUCCAGAAACCCCGUCGCUUCCCACGCUGGAGGUGACGACGGAUGUUCUUGUUGUUGAAAUAGAGUAAUGAAACAAAUAUGAUGAUGACCACGGGAUUUGUGAUGAAAUCCUUGACACUUUGGGCGGCAAUUAGAGGCACCUUUUUGACGUUGGUAAAAAAGGUAGGCUCAUCCGAAAAUGUCAGCUCCGUGGUUUUUGAAUCAUUAUUCUCCAAAUCGUCAUUGUCAUCGUACACGUCAUACACUUCUGGUCCUUCUAUUGCACCGGCAGGCAAACUUGGCGUGUGUGUGCCACCUCUGUUAUUGACAGUGUCGAGGAAAUGUGUGCCUACCAGGACCUUCGAGAGUUUAGUUUGGUUGAUAGUGUCCCAAGAGGGAGCAAUGUCCCACCAAUCGGGGCGGGAUAGUUGAGCGAUGGGGGCAUGGAUAAUAAGAGGAUACGAUCGUCCAGACAUGACAUACCAAUCCCCAGUCCGAGUCUGGUUGAGAAAGAUACUGUUACUGCGCAUACGGGCGUGGGUCUCAUCUUGCGGGGGCAUCGGCGGUUGAGGAAGGACCACAAGAUCGGGAUUGCUGUCGGAUGUAGCAUCUCCUGGUCGGCAUACAUCAAAAACUCGGGCUACAGGUGCUGCGAAGUGUUCGCUGAAAAGUGGCUCUGCCUUUUCGGACCUUGCGUAGUCAAACGCAUAGACCUUGCCGUCGUGCUGGCUUGUGAUGUACUUCUUAUCUAAUGAAGACUGGUGCUGUUGAAAUAGGUCGCUGUCGUAGUUGUUGGGGCUCCACUCAGAGUACCUAAGGGUAGCGAUGGGAAGACCGUCCUCACGCCGCUGGAUACCAACAGUAUAUUCGGUCCUGCCCAAAGUGAUUGUUCCAGUAGAGCUACACUCCUGGUUAUUCUCGUCGUACAACGUGUCGGGGCGUGCGCAGCUUUCGGCUUCAUUAACAUGAGAUCCUGUAGCACCGAACCAUUUCAGAACUCUCCCUGUGGCUGCAUCAAGAGUAAUCAUGGUAGUCUUUUUGUCGCCAGUAUAGACGACGGGAGAGCUCUCGUCGGCGUAGGGGGCCAGUUCUUCGACAAGCUUCUUCAUGGUGAAGCCUGUUUUGACAAAUCCACGAUUAGAAUCGGGGGCCCAGAGGUAGAUUCCGCCAUCACGGUUAGGCUCAACAGCCCAAACAUAAUGGUCGACUUGGUGAUAAUUUUCAUCGAGGAUGGACUUCUCCGAGCGGUGGUGUUUGGUCUCUACCAUAGGGUGGUCGACUUCGAGAUGCCAACGUUCUUUUCCGGUUCGCCGGUCGUUGGCGUAUAGGUCUCCAUCGACGGUCGCCAGAAGAACAAAGUCUUCCACUUCCCAAUCCUUCAGACUCCGCGCAAUCUGCGGCGAGGCAAGCCCAGAAGCAGGAAUGCUGCUGGACCGUUGAUAUCGUGAAGGGUUUGGUGCUCCUACGGACUGAGCCGGAGCCAAAGUUGCGAGGGCGCUCGCAUCGUCAGGGAUAAUUAAAUGGUCGUUUUCGUAUUCUCUCUUGCGGUUCUUGCGGACAGGCUCGAUCUUCUUCUGCUGCUGCUGUCGCUGUCGCUGAUUGGGAACGGAAGCCCGCUUUACAUUCUUGACAGUCUCGCGGGCCGACUUAGUCACGUCAACGGGGGUCGCGGCCCAUUGAUGUACGGCAUCAUCGGCUAACUGCUGACUGCGGCCGCCGGGGCGUUGCAGUUGUGGUAAAGCUGGUUCGACUGGUCGAUGCUGCUGCUGAGCAUCAACAAGCUGUAGCCAGGGUAGAAGGAUGAUAGCAAAGGCGAUGAAGAGUCUCUGUUGCUGUGAGGCCCGACGCCCCUCGCCCGGAGGUCGUCGCAGCAUUUUCGAUCAAGUAUUACGAUGUGAAUGAUCACAUGGAACCCAUUAGAUACGGUGAGAAGCUUAGUGCGGCGGACGUGAAGCGGCAAAGGCCAUAGAAGGGAUGGAAGGGACGAGAUUCGAUAUCUUGGUUGGGCAGUCACGUCACACCACAAGAUUGGCCGUCGUUCGUUCGUAGGAAGGUGCGGAGGCGACGCGGUAGGAGGGGAGCGCAGAAGGUUAAAGUUGAAGCAGACCUCACGCGCUGACGAUUCAACCGCAGCUAACAACGAUAUUGAUAAAGAUACUGAUAAAAUGUGAUUCGAGAUGGAAUGGAGGGCAGGUUGGAAAUGGAAUAUGGAGGAAAGGUUGGGGUAGGAGCCCGGGUUUUACCAGUGACCCCUUCUUUUUGCCCUGCCCUGGAACUGAUACCCUUGGAGGGUAAGAAAAAUACGUAUGCAGGAAUCGUAUACAUUAUGAUGAUUCUAUGUUAAUUCAUCCUAAAAAUUGCAUUCCCUAUCCUAAGCUUUUAGUAUCUUUUAAAACUUAUGAUGAGUUUUUAGAAAUUUUAUUUAAGA